UACACCGGUCCUUAGAUAGCUGUGGGGUUUGUUUUUGUUUUUACAAGUACCUGGUUCCGUAUGGGUGAAACUACAAGCCGCUGAGGACCGGAAUCGUUCCCGGACUGAAGAAGACUCCUUUGGCUGUCUCGCCCCCACAAGGAGGACGAUGGACUUUCCAAGCCACUUUGAGCAGAUCUUCCAGCAGCUCAACUAUCAGAGGCUCCACGGUCAGAUGUGCGAUUGUGUCAUCGUGGUGGGCAGCCGGCACUUCAAGGCCCAUCGCUCCGUGCUGGCGGCCUGCAGCACCCACUUCAGGGCCUUGUUCACCGUCGUAGACGGAGACGGCGGCAUGAACAUGAUCCAGCUGGACAGCGAGGUGGUGACAGCGGAGGCCUUUGCCGCCCUGGUGGACAUGAUGUACACGUCCACGCUGAUGCUGGGAGAGAGCAACGUGAUGGACGUCCUGCUGGCCGCUUCCCAUCUGCACCUCAACAAUGUGGUCAAAGGCUGCAAACACUACCUGACCACGCGGACGCUGCCCGUGUCGCCCUCGGGCGACAGCCCCCCGCCUCAGCGCCAGCAAGAGCAGCAGAGGCACAGGCAGCAGGCCGCAGACUUGGUGAACCCCGCUUUAGCCUCCAACGCUAACCUGGCCGCGACCGCCGCCACCUCAAAGUUGCAGCGCUCCUUCUUGCUGCAGCAGCUCGGCCUGAGCUUGGUGAGCUCCGCCUUGGGCGGGAUGGACGACGACGGCCGGGGCAGCAGAGCGGCGGAACAGAGAGCUUCGUUCCCGAUUCGCCGCUUCCCCAAGCGCAAAGCCUCCCCGGGCCUGUUGGAGGAGAGGCCCAGACAGAGGCGGCACCCCUCGGAAGAGGGGGAGAACCCGGACCGAGCGGAAGGGGCGCUCCUCUCUCCGGACUCCCACAAGAUGGGCGACGACUCCAAGCUGGAUGCGAGCAUGCUGCACGCCGCUCAGGACGACCCUCAGAUGCCGAGCCAGUCGGACGGUGGGCGCUGUGAGGGGGACGACGCGGGGGUGAUGCAGGGAGGGGUGGGCAAGGAGGAGGACGUGGAGGACGACGACCAGAAGAGCAACAGAGUCAAGAUCAAAUCGGGAAGCGAGGAAGAGGAGGAGGAGGCGGAGGAACCGGAGCAGAAGGUUCUGGUCAAACAAGAGCCUUUGAGCUCGCCCGAGCCCCCCGACGAAAUCAGCGACGUGACGUCACAGGCCGAAGGCGGCGAGCCGGUGAGCCAGGAGGACGAGGAGAAAGUGGACCUGAGUCCCGAGUGCAGCGACCGCAGCUUCGCCUCGGAACCGCAGCCCAGCCCCGACUCGCUGCUGCGGUCCGGCUCACGGCUUCUGCUCAAGAGCAGCGUGGGAGGAUUUGCGUGUGGUAACGCCUUAAACGGCAAACCCGACUUUAGUAUUUCCAGCUUCCUCGGCCCGAAGAAUUUCGGGAGUGGCGCCGGGGUCUCAAUGGGCGGAGAGGAUGACCUUCCCAACACCACCACUGGUGAUGCGGUUGCUCAUAACUUCCUGUUGAGGCAAGAGGCUUCUGGACCGUCCGGUUCUGGCCCAUCCGCUUUGCUGCAGCCCAGUCCAGGAAGCAGUGAAGGCCGCAGCCGUUUUGGAAGCAACUUGCAGGCCGGUUCCCUUUUCCUUCACCCCCUUCGUGACACUUAUGGGAACCCCAGAGGAAGCGGGGGUAGUGAAGGGCGGGGAGGAGUUGAUCCAUUUGCUUUGGACUUCCAGCGCUCCAACCUGGGGUUACAAUCCCUGGAGCGGCCGCCGCGGGGCGCCAGCGGAGCCACGCCCACCGCCCUGGGUUACCCCGGCUUCGGCCGCGUCGUCCCAAAGAUGCGGGACGAGGGCGGCGCCCUCCAGGACUCCGCCUCUUCUUCGUCGAGCCUGGCGCGGCCCAUGCUCCUCGGCGAGACUCCGGGGUACGACGUGGCGGGCGGAAGGCCCACCUCCCUCCCGCCUCAGCUGACCCGAGCCUCGGCGGACGUGCUGUCCAAGUGCAAGAAGGCUUUGUCGGAGCACAACGUCUUGGUGGUGGAGGGCGCCCGCAAAUACGCCUGCAAGAUCUGCUGCAAAACCUUCCUGACACUGACCGACUGCAAGAAACACAUCCGAGUGCACACGGGAGAGAAGCCCUACGCGUGCCUCAAGUGCGGCAAACGUUUCAGCCAGUCGUCGCACCUCUACAAGCAUUCAAAGACCACCUGUCUUCGCUGGCAGAACAGCAACAUGUCCAACGCCCUCCUCUAGGCCGCGUGUCGUUCCGGCGAAAGGCAGACGUGAACGGGGGGGGGGGGGGGGGGGGGGGGCGCUUUUGUGUUCGAGGACGUCGUCUCAAAUCGUGUCCGGUAAGGUCUCAUCACGUUCAUCGGCCCGUUGAGUCACACGGGGCGUUGAUUACGUAGUGGAGCUUUGCUUUUCACGCAACCCGGAGACUCGAGCAAAUGCGAAAUCAACCGAAGGCCGACUCCAGAGCCGAUUGGAUGACUGGUGAACUUGCUGAUGGGACUUUGACCCCUUAGCGACCACACAAGUGCACUCAUCCGCUAAGAAUGUGGGCUAGCUUGCAUCCGGCCUUUAGGAAAUAUUCCCACCGUUGACUGGAAAAAGGCAAAAUGCACUUUAUUGUGGAUUUCAAAGGAUGACUGGACUUUCCAGCCUUAAUUGUUACUGACAGUGAACGAAAGUUAAGCGAGGUGAAAUCAAAUUUCCAUGCGGCAAGAUUUCCGAAAUUUCAGUAUUGAGCGUUUGCGGUUCACGGGAAGAUUUUAGUUUCUCAGAGAAAGUCAGUCGAUUUGUUUACUGUACUUUGUUCAGUGCUUUGAAAUGUGUCUCAUGCAACUCAUAUUGUGCACGUGUUACACAGAAAAAUCAUUGUUUUUUUUUUUUUUUAGCAAAUGGUGAUUUCCUUGUACAUUGUCGAACUUUCAAGGUGGCUGGUUUGAAGGGUUCUGUUUAGCCAUCUUUUGUGACCAUGUCUUAUUAAAAAAAGGGAGAAAGACAGAGAAGAUUUGGCUUUUCAUGUUUUUGCACCAAUAAUGUGUUCAUGAACGUGAGCAACAGACUAAUCGUCCGAGGCUGCUUGUUGGUUGUCCAACGUUAAAAUCACGAAACCUUAAUAAAGAUGCCGGAAGUCUUUUUGUUUUGUAAAUAGCAGCAGACUUGUCGUUUGGAGGAAAUCAUAUUCAUGGAGUGUUUAGCGAACUAAAAUGGGGGUGAAAUUUCUAGGUUG